CUAUCUGUCUGUCUGUCCAAUACGAAAAUAAGAAAGUGAAAAACGAUAACAAUAAAACACCAUUGUAUUGUAUUUUUAUUUAUAUUAGAUGUCCUUCUCUAAUUUGUCAACUUGAUCGAAUCAUGAAGCUGGCGUACAAAAAAUAAUUUUGAUACUGUAAAUCGAAACCUCUGUUGGCAACCACUGCGUCACCGUGUGCGCGAUGACGUCUCAUCUGACGUACACGUCAGUCUCCCAGGCAGCGCGCUGUGUCGCUGAAAAGAUGGCGGACUCGCUGUCGACGAGUCUUGCGGACGAUCCCGAGAAAGAGGACAGGGAGAGCGGCGGCAGGACGUCGAGGCCGUACAGCAGCAAGUGGAAGGAUGGUGGCACGGAUAGCCCGAGGUUCAGCGACAAGAAUGGCAGUGGAAAGGGCAAGAAACGCAACCUGUCAGAUCUGUCCUUGGUCAGGUUUGUAACCACCGAGCUCACCAGGGGCUACUUCCUGGAGCACAACGAGGCCAAGUACACCGAGCGCAGGGAGAAGGUCUACACCUGCCUCCGCAUCCCCAAGGAGCUGGAAAAGUUGAUGACAUUUGGCUUCUUCCUCUGCCUGGAUGCCUUCCUCUACGUCUUCACUCUGUUGCCCCUCAGAGUGCUGCUGGCCCUCCUGCAGCUUCUCACACUGCCAUGCUGUGGUCUCGGUGGUGGGCGCCUCCUGCAGCCAGCCCAGGUGUGCGAUGUCCUGAAAGGCUUCAUCAUGGUCUUGUGUUAUUCCAUGAUGAGCUACGUAGACUACGCCAUGAUGUACCACCUCAUCCGCGGCCAAUCCGUCAUCAAGCUUUACAUCAUCUACAACAUGCUGGAGGUGGCCGACCGCCUCUUCUCGUCAUUCGGCCAGGACAUCCUGGACGCGCUCUACUGGACGGCCACGGAGCCCAAAGAGAAGAAGCGGGCGCACAUAGGCGUCAUCCCCCACUUCCUCAUGGCUGUGCUCUACGUCUUUCUCCACGCCAUCCUCAUCAUGGUCCAGGCCACCACGCUCAACGUCGCCUUCAACUCCCACAACAAGUCGCUCCUCACCAUCAUGAUGUCCAAUAAUUUUGUGGAAAUCAAAGGAAGCGUGUUCAAGAAGUUUGAGAAGAACAACCUUUUCCAGAUGUCAAACAGCGACAUAAAAGAAAGGUUCACGAACUAUAUCCUCCUGCUCAUCGUCUGUUUAAGGAACAUGGAGCAGUUCUCCUGGAAUCCCGAACACCUGUGGGUGCUGUUUCCCGACGUGGGCAUGGUGAUCGCCUCCGAGAUAGCGGUGGACGUGGUCAAGCACGCCUUCAUCACCAAAUUCAACGACAUCAGCGCUGACGUAUACGGAGAGUACCGAGCCAGUCUCGCCUUCGACCUGGUCAGCAGUCGACAGAAAAACGCGUAUACAGACUACAGCGAUUCUGUCUCCAGGAGAAUGGGCUUCAUUCCUCUUCCUCUAGCACUGCUGCUGAUCCGCGUGGUGAGCAGCUCAGUGAAGAUCCAGGGAUCGCUCUCCUUGACGUGUGUGCUGCUGUUCUAUUUUGGGCUGAUCACUCUGAAGGUGCUCAACAGCAUCGUCCUGCUGGGCACGUCAUGCGCCUUCGUCAAGGACGCAAAUAUGGAGGAGAAACUCUUUGACCCGCCGCCCUCGGCCGUGUCCAGCCGCAUCAACUCCCGGGCUCACCGCGCCAAGCCACCUCACACUGCCGCGACGCAGCAAGAACCGAGGACGGACAAAGCCGGAAUACCCUUGGCGUCAAUCAGCCCGCAACCGGCCUACGUGGCAGAGAACACCAUACUCCCCGGCGCCACGCUCGCCAAGAGCGACUCUGACACAUUCUUCACCACCCCCGACGAGGAGGACGACGUCAUCAAGAUCAUCAACACGGACACGGGCAUGGAUGAGGAGGUGCUGGCACGCCGGACCCCCAAGAAAGACUUGCUGGAGAUCGACCGCUUCACCAUCUGCGGCAACCGCAUCGACUGAACACCACAACGGCGGUGGCGACCGAUCAGUAUUUAUUAAUUUAUUACAGACACAAACCAGCCGAGGCUUGAAGCUGUUACUACAUGCCGGUACGUGGCAACAAGUUCACCGGAGCUCGCUGGACCCUCUGCCGGUUGCUGCGCGACCUGCUUAAGACAGCGUGGAGACAGCAGUCACGGAAACCGGCAAUGUGAAACUGUUGCUGUCAUGGGUACAACUGCGCGGUGUGUUUUUUUUAAAAGCACAAACCAUAGUUGGCCAUUCUUUUAAGAAGUAAUUAAUUUCAGAGGGGUUUUUUUUGGGUACUUCUUUUUAAUAGUGAACUAAUUUGAGGUUUUUAUCUGAAGUUGCAGACUUGUCGUAACAAGCUGGAAGUCUGUUGCCAUUUUUUUGAAAAACAUGUUACUGAGUCAUUCAGCCGUUUCACGCGGUCUGGAGAAGCCGGCAAUUGUUCUGCCUUCACGGUAGUUAUCUUGUUUGCUAGGGUAGAAUAAUCAUUUGGAGAGGAUAGUGACUGAGCCCUAUCGCGAAUCAUCAUCUGACCUCUCCUCAGUAUCUACAGGUGUGCCCCAGGGCUCCACCCUGUGUCCCCUGUGCUUCAUCAUCUUUCUUGUCCUCCUCAAAAAGCGCUCAAAAAUAGCAUUAUUAUCAUUGUUAAAUUAGAGUAUCGUUAAAAAGGAGUGCUCAGGUGUCUUUAUGUUAUUUGGUCAAUAUGCACGACACAGGAAGAAUUAUAGCACAGUUAGAAACAACAUGAUUUUGGGGGGGCUGGUUUUGUCUCAGCAAAUGAGCACUGUUCACCAGGCACCUCUGGAUUAUAGAACCAACGCAGAUUAUGACUUUCGUUCGCAUGGUGAUGAAAGACAAAGCGAGGGUUACUACGAGUCAAUGGUGUAAAUAAAAAAGCGAAGUGGUAGAAGACAAAUUUCAUUACCAAGCAGCCAAAUUACAGCAAAUUAAUUUAGCACAUUUGUGCAUGUGGUGGAAAAAAGGUCACUUUUACAUUAUACUUUUCCUUCAACACCUGACACACACUUCCUCCGCCCUGUAGUUUUGCUGCGUCAACGCCGAUGACUGAUGUGGCAGUUUUGGGGGCAUUUCUAUGUGUGAAAAAGGCUAAUGAAAACCAAUACAAGUAUAACUGAACACCUUGUACACCUGCCGUGGGGGAGACGUUUUUUCCGAUCAGCCGACAUUUUUUAAAGCGCUUGAAGGGCCAAAAUAUGGUGCGAUCAAAUGUUAUAUAUUUGAUGGGCAUCUGUGGGGCUUUUUCUAACGGUCCCGCUGAGGUCCGCGGACCAAAGGUUGCCCACCCUUGCUUUCGGUCCAGAAGAUUUUUUAAAAAUCUUUUGACAUAAUAGUGGGUAUGGGAGUUUUAAUGAGACUGUCCUCAGAUCAUGUUAAAUGAUUGAAUGACCAAAUUUGCUCUCCUUUUCUUCUCGUCAUGUGCACGAGCAUCCAUUUUAACUCAUUUACUUUCCAAAUAAUCUCCAUACAAUCCGUCAAGAACAAAUUUUUGCAGGUAAAAGGACUGAAACAAUAACAUUUUUAACUCAUUCUACAUAAAAUAUAUGAAAUAAUCUGUAAAAAUGUAAUAAAUUUGGGGUUGUAAAUGUCUUUUGACACCAUCCCGCUGACCCAGAUCGGCGGGAGGUCACCAUCACAUUGUUUUUGUACUGAAUUAUUUGGAAUAGCAUGAGAACAUAUUUAAAGGCCGCUAUCAUUUGGAGUUAAAUUCCGUUUAGGUUCCAUCUGAAUCAGAAUCGGAAUCAGAUUCUGAUUGAAUCUGAUUGAAUUUGAAUUUCAAAAUGGCAAACAACUCCACUUCCCUAAUGCUUGUCUCAUGUUAUAUACAGUGACGAGAAAAAGUACACACACCCCUGUUCAAAUGACAGGUUUUUCUGAUCCAGAAGAAGAGACCAUUUGAAAGGUUUUAUCAACUUUUACAAGAACUGGAAGAAAAAAAUGUUUUGAGCGAUGAACUAAAAACAAACAGCUGAGGUAAUGUGGUGGCACAAGUGUGCACACCCUCUUACAACUGCGGAUGUGUCACAAUCAAACUCAUGUUGAAUGCAAAUAAGCACGUGCUUUCCCCCGCCCAUUUAAAGUGCCUCUGAUUAACCCCAAAUAAAUCGCAGCUAUUCUAGUUUUUUUCCCCCUUAAAAUAUAUAUUUUUUUCAGUUGUGUUGCCCUGAUGAUCAGGCACAUUAAGGAUGUGAAAAGUUUUGAUCUGAUUUUUUUUAAAUUAAGUGGACUCCGCAUAUUCGUGGUUUGGCGUUUACAGAUUUUUUUUUCGAUAUUUUGGUAUUUUGGGGGCUUGGUAAACCUAAUUUUUAAUGAAAAACAUUCUUAGUUAUUUAUCCCAUCCUCCAUCCUUAUCUUCCUGGGCCCACUGUAUAUCACCAAAAGCUGGCAUUAGAUGGUGCAUGUGUAGACUUCAGCUGUAUCUAAAUACAGCCUUCUCAUCUUUUACUUGCUGCCUCUUUGAUUGUUUAACUGAACAAACAAUGUUACUGAUAGCUUCUUGAUUCGCUUCUUGCUCAGUGAGUGUGUGCGUGCGUGCGAGACGUCAUCUUCACAGAAGAGGAAUAAAAGUUUUUGUUUUGUAA